CAAACGACUCCAUCACGGCCACCACAUUCGCUCGUCGAUACCCUGCGCGUCGAUAGGCGAAUCCUUGAAUCAACACACAACCGCGAUCAUGGCUGACGAAUACAACGCCGAGGAGGCCGCUGAGAUCAAGAAGAGAAGAACCUUCCGCAAGUUCUCUUACCGAGGAAUCGACCUUGACAACCUCCUCGACCUCUCUUCUGACCAGCUCCGAGAUGUCGUCCACGCCCGUGCCCGCAGAAGGAUCAACCGCGGUCUGAAGCGCCGCCCCAUGGGCCUCAUCAAGAAGCUCCGAAAGGCCAAGCAGGAGGCCAAGCCCAACGAGAAGCCCGACCUCGUCAAGACUCACCUCCGAGACAUGAUUGUCGUCCCCGAGAUGAUUGGAAGCGUCAUUGGUAUCUACUCCGGCAAGGAGUUCAACCAGGUCGAGAUCAAGCCUGAAAUGGUUGGCCACUACCUGGGUGAAUUCUCUAUCUCAUACAAGCCUGUCAAGCACGGUCGACCUGGUAUCGGUGCCACUCACUCUUCUCGUUUCAUUCCCCUCAAAUAAGAAGGUUAUGGUCUUCGGUGGUUUCUGUAUUGACGGACAUUUUUGGGCGAAAAGGACUGGUUUUGGUAGACGGAGGAAGCCGCUACCGAAGUUGUUGAUGACAAUGAUUUCUAUGAUAGUACAAUGAGAAACAUUGUUCACGCUUCCAACACCGUCAUCUCUACUGUGUAGAUGCUGCUCAUAAGAGUAUUGCUAUUCCGGCACUAUUCCCACCUCUCUAGAUCCGUUAUAGAAAAGGUUCAGCGGAGCCCAGCCCGCCUUACU